AACGAGUCAUGCUGUUCUUGUUGCACCUUUCGUUUCCCAUGUCUCAUUUAGACAUGUUCACAGGUGCAGAUAACAUGAAGACAACUCUAACACCAUUACUCUCAGGGAUAGUUUUUUACUUGAAAAGGGACAGUGGGAAAAUCCUGGACUCUUUCCAGUUGUUGCAAAGGAAGAGGGAUCCAGGGCUGGUAUUCACAGAGACGGGAGAACAGGAGGUUAUGAACAGCAGUUUGAUUAAAAGCCUGUUUCCUCUGCUUCUGCACUUUACAAUUAACUAUUCAAGUACACCACCCACACCUCUUAACACCUCAAUGUAUUCUGUAAACAUGAAGCACAUCCUGAAAUGGAGCCCCUUGCAGGUGUCAUGUUCCACUGUCAACUACUCUGUGCAAUUUCAAGGAGAAUAUGAGUUAUACAAACUUAAUGGAACUUGGGUGAAUGCAUAUGACUGCCAAGAGAUCCGUGAAAACAGGUGUGAUCUCACUCAUGACCUGGCCUCCAACUCUGACUACAGCAUCCGCAUAAAGACAAACUGUGAUGGCAAAAAAUCAUGGACACAACUACCAGCAACCUUCAACAGGAGAGACACAGUGUUGCUGGCUCCGAAAAUGACAGUGAAUGUGGAGGGGGAUACCAUCCAGGUGGGCUUCAGUACAACACUUUCUGAUAUGACCAUAAACCUUAAAGUCUGGAAUGAGGGGGACGAACAGAAUGCCUUAAUUCAUGUGAUCAGAGCGUAUCCCUAUCAUUUUUCUAUUGCUGCCCAUCGAGGGGAAGAGAAGAUGUGCUUCAGAGCAGAAGCAAUAGUAGAAGCCAUUAACAAGAUCUGCAGCAUUGACACGCAGUGCGUAAUCAUUCCUGAGCAGACAUCUGACUUUGUGAAGCCAAUGAUAGUGAGCAUUGCUGUAGUAGUAGCGGUUGCCGUGGUCUUUAUUCUGGGAUGGUCGGCAACAUAUUUUGGUCCACAGAUCAAACAAAUUUGCCACAUGGAGCCUAUUCCCAGAGUACUGCUUGAUGACUGGCCCACCAGCACACCCAUCCUUUGUACUGAUGUUUCACUGGAGCCCACAGACCCACUUUUGCUGCCAACAAUGCAGGUGGAGGGAACAGUUUGAGUCCGGUGCAGCACAGAACCAGUAGAGGCCUUUGCUAUGUUUCACCCGUUUCACUUAAAACGGGCCUCUGCUUGUGCUUGAAAGGGGCCUUGGAAAUUAUUGGGCUUGGGGCAAAAAUGCCACAUUUUUAUUGUAUUUUAUUUUUUUAAAUAGACCUUUAAUGAAUAUAGUUAAGUGUAGUGGAAAUUUUAAUUUUUCACGUGAUUUUUACCUGUAUGCUUAUGAAAUAUAAUGCAUAUGGAACAUGGUAUGAUGUUUGCUUAAGUGGUAAUGUUUAACAUAGUGUUUAAUGUAGAUGUUAGAAAUAGAAAGAGCAAGAACUGUUAUGGGAACAUGCAAGAUGUGUGUUAAAAACAUGUUUGUGCUGACAAUGUGUGGAAAGUUACAGUUGCUAAGAGAUGUUCGUAAUAUGGUAAAAGGACAGAGGCUUCAGAGUUUAGAGAUAUAAAAGUGAGGGGAAGCUUUCAUUCUUUGUCUUACACUCUGCAGCUACUUGUGUUUCUGUUGACUGUUCGACCUUUCUUACAAGAAAUAAAACUUUAGAAAGACAA